CGCAGGUACGCCAUUUGAGCUUUUUCUCCUUCUUUUCUUUUUAUUUUAUUUCUUUGUGCUUCUUUAUUGAUUGUUGUUUAACUUGUUUUUAUUAAUCCCAGGUGUCAUUUUUGCUUGGAAUCAUACCCGUAAUUGCAGCUUGGAUCUAUUCUGAGUUCUUGAACUACAAAUAUCCAGCCUCUGCAGCUAAUAAAGUGCACUUGGACGUGAAUUUGAUUGAAGUGGGGAAGGGCAUAGUUAAGGAAGUUGAUACAGCUCCUUUCUUACUGCGGGGAGGUCGCCAAUCAGCUAAAUCUCCAACUUUGUCUGCUAAAUAUCCUAUUUUAAGGUUCCUCUUGAUCGACGAGUCUUUCUUGAUCGAAAAUCGAUUGAUUCUUAGAGCUAUAUCUGAAUUUGGUUUCCUCAUGGCAUAUUUUUUCUUGUGCGACCGUACGGAUUUCUUUGCAUCAACAACAAAGAGUUACAAUCGGGAUCUCUUCUUAUUCCUAUACUUCCUUCUCAUCAUAGUUUGGGGAAUACCCUCUUUGAAAUUACAUCAAGAUAAGUCAGGAAAAUCAACACUUUAUUUAAAUAGGCAUCAAACUGAAGAGUGGAAAGGUUGGAUGCAGGUGCUUUUCCUGAUGUAUCAUUACUUCGCCGCGACAGAAAUCUACAAUUAUGUGCGAGUAUGCCUUGCUGCAUAUGUGUGGAUGACUGGAUUUGGCAACUUCACAUACUUCUAUGUCUUCAAAGAUUACAGUCUUGCAAGAUUUGCAAAGAUGAUGUGGAGGCUUAAUUUCUUGGUAUUAUUCUGCUGCAUUGUCCUAAACAACAGUUAUAUGGUGUACUACAUUUGCCCCAUGCACACUCUUUUCACACUCAUCAUAUAUGGGGUGCUUGGUGUUCUGAACAAGUAUAAUGAGAAGAGGUCGGUCAUGGCUGCAAAAAUCAUUGCCUGCUUCUUCCUAGUUAUUAUUGUAUGGGAAGUUCCUGGAGUUUUUGAUUUGGUUUGGAGCCCACUCACAUUCUUCCUUGGUUACACCGACCCAAACCCGUCCAGAUCACAGUUUCCCCGCAUGCAUGAGUGGCAUUUCCGUUCAGGCCUUGAUCGCUACAUAUGGAUAAUCGGGAUGAUAUAUGCUUACUAUCAUCCGACUAUUGAAAGGUGGCUGGAGAAGCUUGAAGAAACUGAAACGAAACGCAGAAUAUCAAUAAAAAUGGCCGUUGUGCUGAUUUCUUCAAUGGUGGGAUAUGCGUGGUUCAAAUCUAUAUACAAGCUGGACAAGAUUACUUACAACAAAUACCAUCCAUAUACCUCAUGGAUUCCGAUUACCGCCUUCAUAUGCGUGCGGAAUGUCACCCCGUAUUUUCGUAGCUACAGCUUGACCUUUUUCGCAUGGCUUGGGAAGAUAACUCUAGAGACCUACAUCUCGCAGAUCCAUAUCUGGCUAAGAUCCGGGGUUCCAGAUGCUCAGCCAAAAAUGUUGCUUUCACUGAUCCCAGACUAUCCCUUAUUGAAUUUUAUGCUCACUACUUCCAUAUACAUUGCAAUUUCUUUCAGACUCUUUGAAGUGACGAACACAUUGAAAAUGGCAUUUGUGCCCAGUAAAGACAAUAAGGCCAUUAUCUACAACAUGAUUACAGCAGUAGCAGUCUCAAGUGUUUUAUAUUUCUCGUCUUUUGUGUUGCUAAAAAUGCCUCCAAUGUUGCCAAGGCACUGAUCUUUAGAUUAAAGUUGGUUUUUCAUGUUUCUCCACUUUCUGUCUAAACCUUUCAUGCAAACUACAACAUAAUA